AUGGCACCCCUGCUGCGCGUGGUUGCGGCCACAAGUUCGACUGUGGUCCGCUUGUUCUCCUUCAUCUUCCUGAGAUGGAUUCCGGGUCAUCCUUUUGUGCCCAUCGUCUUCACCUCACUAGUGGUGUAUCUGUCCUCCCUCUUUUCUUUACUGAAUGGCCAGGGUGCGUCUAAUGAACGCGCCGAGAAGAAACAAAAGACCACUUCCAAACGGACUCAAAGGUCCGAUGGAGAAGAGUCCGGUGAUUCCGCGCUGAAGACACUGUUGACGGGUCUUCCCUCAAAGCGGUCGCCGCGAUGGACAUGGAUGACGGCGAUUAUCAACGUUAUCCUGGCCAUACUAACACUCGACUUUUUGAUUCGAAGUAUUGUGGCCUACCCUAGUUCUGAUGCCGCUUUUUCACGCAUUGGAUACGUGUCACCAACCACGGCCAACCUGCUCUUCCGUGAGCCAGACAUGGCUCAGCUGCCAGUGGUCGUCUCCUACCAAGAGAGCGAACCGGCUUCCAAGAAGUGGACCCAGGAGGGCACUGUCUAUAAGCUAGACAACACCACUGACUUCACAACCUCCGUGACAUUGAAAAACCUGAAGCCGUCAACUCACUACAAGUAUUCGCUCUCUAAUAACAAAACCGGCACCUUCGUCACAGCUCCAAGGCCCGGAUCUCCCGUGGCCAAUAGGCUGUCAUUCGUGACAUCCAGCUGCUUGAAGCCGAACUUUCCAUACAGCAUUUUGUCUCACCCAUUGCGGGUUCCUGGAAUUGAGCAAAUGACCGAAGCCCUUGGAAAGCUGCCAGCCCUCCUGAAGCCAGCCUUCAUGCUCUUCCUAGGAGAUUUCAUCUACAUUGACGUCCCCUUUCGAUUUGGGUCUUCGAUAGAUCACUAUCGCAGCGAAUACCGCCGGAUAUACUCAUCUCCAUCCUGGGCAUAUAGCUCAGUAGAUGGCCCAGCCAUUGACCUCCCCUGGAUCCACACUCUUGACGACCACGAGAUCGAGAACGACUGGUCUAGAGGAAACAAGACCGCGCCAUACCCAGCAGCCGCUGAUCCGUUUAUCCACUACCAUGUGAGCGCGAACCCGCCCGUCCCAGAGAAACCCUUUGCGCAUCCGGACAAUGUCACCUACUUUUCUUUCGUCAACGGCCCUGCUUCCUUCUUCAUGCUGGACACGCGUACCUACCGCUCCGAGCCAACCAUGGAGAACUCCACAAUCCUAGGCUCAGCGCAGCUCCAAUCCCUACUCGCAUACCUAGCUCGUCCGGAACCAUCCGGCGUGCGCUGGAAAAUCAUCUCCUCCAGCGUCCCAUUCACGAAAAACUGGCACGUCGGCACAACCGACACAUGGGGCGGCUUCCUGAAAGAACGCCGCACCGUAUUCGAAGCAAUGUGGCAAGCCGAGCGCGAGCAGGGUAUCCGCAUAAUCCUCCUCAGCGGCGACCGCCACGAGUUCGCCGCAACACGAUUCCCAGAUCCUGAGCUCAGCCUCUCAUCAGAUGAACUACAACCCAACACAGCCGGUCGAGGCAUUCACGAGUUCAGCGUCGGUCCUCUGAGCAUGUUCUACCUCCCCAUCCGCACGUAUUACCAAACAGAUAUCGAGGACGUGUCUGUGAAAUAUGCACCGGAUGGGAACAGCAAGUUCGGGCUUCUCGAUAUCGCUGAUGAUUUCGAAGAGGCUGGUCCCGAUGCUUCAUCACCCGCUCCUGUGCGGAGCUCUGUGCUCACGUAUUCGCUAUAUGUGGAUGGUGAAGUCGUUUGGCAGUAUCGUCUCAGUGUGCCUCAUAGUUAUGAUCCUGCUGCUCAUGCUGCGGGAUCUGGGAAGAGCAUGCAUCUUCCGCCUGGUAGGGUUGUGGAGGAUAAGCUUGUUGCGGAAGGCUGGGAUGCUGUUUUCAAAACUGCUCUUGGUACUGCAGAGAUGCUUGUGAAGGAAGUUGUUCAGAAGGCGACAAUGGUGUAUUAUAAGGUUUUGGAGAAAUUGUGA